CUUGCCUGGAAAAGACGUUUCAUAACUUUUGCUGCUUUAAUAAAGUUAAAAGAAUUCUAAAACAUAUUGGAAAAAAUUUCUGUCAGCGUUUUUUUCUAACAUAGGAAUUGACAAAUUUUAAUAGUUUUUAAAAAGUAAAGUGAAACGUGGUAUUUCUCAAGAAGUCUCAGUCACAAACAGUCUACAGACACUUCAUGAUGAAGUACGAGAUAGAAAAGAAAAAAAGUAAAAAAGUACAAUGGCAUCAAUGGAUCGCUGGUAUCGGAGUUAAUCUUCUGCAGUUGCAAAUGGGACUGACAGUGCUUUGGAGUUCACCUUACAUCGCAUAUCUGACUUCAUUUGAAUCUCACAUUCCCAUGACAAUGGACGAGGCUUCCUGGAUAGUUUCUCUAUUAAAUCUAGGCAGGCUAAUUGGCGCAAUUUUUGGUUCUAUUGCUAUCAACUAUCUCGGCAUUAAAACAGCAAUCUUUGUGACAAGUUUACCAAUAACUCUUUGUUGGCUCUUUAUAAUUGUGGCUAAUCAACUGGAAUGGCUGUACGCAGCCAGGUUUCUAGCUGGUAUCAGUAUAGGAAACAUGUACAGCUGUGUCUCUCUUUACAUAGGCGAAAUCGCGGAUCCUACUAUUCGCGGAGCACUAGUUGUCUUAGCUGUAAGUGGAUUAUCAAUAGGCAACCUAAUGAUGAGCAUCAUGGGCACAUAUUUAAGUAUGAAGAUGAGCGCUAUCAUAUGCUUUGUCCUAUGCAUUGUACUGAUAAGCAUUUUUAUUUGGUUGCCGGAAUCACCGCACCAUUUUGUCAAGAUCAAAAAGGAAAAUAAAGCACGAGUUUCGAUACUCUGGUAUCACCGUGAUUGUGACGUAGAGUCGGAAUUGCAAGCACUGAAGAACUUCCACGAAAAGAACAAAAAUUUACCAUUCGCGGACGUUAUAAAAGAAUUCAGAACUCCAUACAUUUGGAAAGCGCAAAUACUCGUGUCCAUGCUCUUUACGUAUCAUCAGAUGUGCGGCAUGAACAUUGUGCUAUUCUACAUGGAAACCAUCCUGCGAAACGCCAAAGUCACCGUCAUAGAGCCGUCGGUGAUCGUAAUCAUCGUCACCGCUAUUGGGAUCAUCGGUUGCAUGCUUUCCAUAUUUUUAAUCGAUAAAUUCGGUAGACGGAUUCUGAUGAUUAUCUCCAGUUUAGCCGUCGCAAUCUCGCUAAUAUGCCUGGGUAUACAAUAUCAGCUUCUCGACGAGGGAUAUGACCCCAUCAGUCUUCAGGCUCUACCAAUUUUCUCGGUAUUGUUCUUUCAGAUAUUUAUAUACAUUGGCAUCGCCUCGAUACCCAAUACGGUAUUGGGUGAAAUCUUUCCGCCGCAUGUUAAAUGCGUAGCUAGCUGUUUCGCAAGCAUCAUCAGCGCGAUAUGCUCCUUCAUCUCCACGUCCGCUUAUCAGCCUUUAAUCAAUCUGAUCACGGAAAAAUAUUUAUUCUUCGUAUACGCUUUGCUAUUAGUAACCGCUGUACCGUUUACCUAUUUCUACAUGCCUGAGACUAGGGGCAAGUCGUUGCAGCAGAUUCAAGAAGAACUGAUCGGAAAAUCUGAAUUGAAAAGUUGA